CAAUCAUAGUGCUCGUUCCAGAAGAUCUCUUAUAAACAAACAAAAUGGCGGAAAACGUGGAUGGGCGUGUGCCAGCACUAAGAGUAAGCCAGCUGGAUGCUGCCGAGUUAGAUCAGGAAGUACUACAACUGACCAAGACACAGCUCAACAAAAUUUUCAAAUACCACCAGAGCAGCUUUUUGACAACAUGACCGGAAAUAAGCGCCCUGCUCAAGUUUGUACUUUGGAAGUUUUCCAUCCACCAAUGGGAUGCCUCCAUUGGGCAACAGAUCCUCAACAUCCAAUACGGAGGCACCAAGGGACCACAGACAUGGAUGUCCGGCCGACAGAAGUGGUUGUAUGCCCUAAUUCUCAUUGGCUGUCCCUGGCUCAGGGACCGAUCACAUGACCUUGUCAGAUUACUUCGCCUUGAGAAUUGGGAGGAUAGGAUAGAGAAGUACUUGCAGUGGGCGGAGUCGACCCUGAAGGUGGCGGCACUAGUUAACUUCCUGAUGUUCCUACGUCGUGGCGGCUACCUCAGUGUUGUGGAGAGGAUUCUGGGUAUUCAGUCCAUGUUCCCGCAGAGGCAGGGUCUGAGACAGGUCAGCUUUGAGUUCAUGACCAGGGAGCUGCUUUGGCAUGGCUUCUCCGAAUUCUUGUUCUUCGCCCUCCCACUGGUCAACGUACAGAGAGUCAAGAACACUGUGGCACGCUGGGUAUUCCCCCGUCGUCGUACCAAUCAGCGCCCUCUGGUGGAGAGAUCUCGACACCAUCUGACUUCGUGUGGUGUGUGCGGGGAAUGGCCGGUAGACCCACAAGAGAUUGGCUGUGUGCAUGUAUUCUGCUAUUACUGUAUACAUAGCAACUUCAAAGCAGACCCUGGUUUAACCUGUCCCCUGUGUGAUAAGAACAUUCCCGACCUCGACAGCAUUCAGUCCGUCAGACUCCGAAUACAGCCACAAUCUUGAUUGGCUGAGAUGUAUUACUGAAUAUUUUAUAUUUAUUAAAGAGAGACACUGGUAACAGUUUCACGUCUAGCCA